UACUGGUGCUGCCUGGCCGUGGCGCGCGCGGGGGGAGAGGGGAAGAUGGCGGCGCCUGGCGAUGGAGUUGGGGGCUUUUGUAAACACCACGCGCAGCAGGGCGUCUGCGACUCGCGCGCCAAGUACCGGGAGGGGCGCAGGCCCCGCGCAGUGAAGGUGUACACUGUCAACUUAGAAUCUCGUUAUUUGCUAAUACAAGGCGUUCCUGCUUUGGGUGUCAUGAAGGAAUUAGUGCAACAGUUUGCAUUAUAUGGUGCCAUUGAGGAGUACAAUGCUUUAGAUGAGUAUCCAGCGGAACAAUUUACAGAAGUUUAUCUUAUCAAAUUCCAAAAAUUACAGAGUGCAAGGAUAGCCAAGAGAAAAAUGGAUGAACGGAGUUUCUUUGGUAGUUUGCUUCAUGUGUGUUAUGCUCCAGAAUUUGAAACAGUCCAAGAAACAAGGGAGAAGUUGCAAGACAGGAGAAAGUAUAUAGCAAAAGCAACAAGUAAUAGAGUUCUUUUUAUUGCAAAGAAGAUACAGGAACCUAAAAAGACUGCUUCAAAGAACUUAGAACGUUGCUUUCAACCAGAAACCUUAGGAGUCAGUGCAGCUGAUGCAAGUACUAGUAACUGGGAUCCCUCUGCACGUUGUCCUUACCCUUAUAAGCCAUCUUGCGAAUUUUCAUCAAGAAAUACAGCAUGUCCUUCAGGAGAUCACUUUCAGAGUGCAAUGGCAUUCCCUCAGUAUGUCAAUAACAGUGCUGAAACUUCUGAAUACAAUAGCCAAAGCAAACCUUUGACUAAUAGUGCACAAGAAAGGGGGCGUACUAACUCACCAGUUUCUCUUGUGCUGCAAAGAAAAGUUCCUUCUGAUAAUGGAAUUGGGAGAUUUAUGCCCCGAACAACUCAACUGCAAGAACGAAAGAGAAAGAGAGACCAAAGCAAUCAAAUUGCCUUCAUUGGAACAGACUCAGAUAGUAGUGAAAUCAUUAUUGGUCCACGGCUACCAGAAAUACCAAAAGUAGACAUGGAUGAUGAUUCCUUGAAUACUUCAGCAAGUUUAAUUCGAAAUAAACUUAACAAGGUAUCAGUUACUGUUCCAAAAACAUCUGGGGAAAAACCAGAGGAUAGUCAAACAAAGCCACCGAUAAAGCAGAGAAGAAGAAUAUAGAUACCACUGGUAGCAUCUUUGGUGUUAUCUGCCUUUACAGGAUGUAAUUUCAAGG